AUGGCGAUGGAAAAAAACCCCGACGUGGCUGGCGCAGCCGCAGCAGCGCCCGCCAAAUUCUCGCGCUAUCGAUCCGUCCGGAAAGCCGCCUCCAAGAGACCCGAAUUUGUCGCUUCCCCUCAUCAUCACCACCAUCCCCCACUACCUUCCAUUGAUACCUCCGUGCAACACCAAGCAGCGAUCGCCCCGACCCCGACAGCGACGAUGUCCGCCACGACGGUGAAACGGAGCAUGUCGCGAUAUCGUCGCCAGAGGGCGACCGAGACGCUGGCGAGUGCGCCGCCCGUGCCGGCGGCCGAUCGGGGCUUGGCGUACAGGAGUCCUGCGUCGGCGACGCAGGGGAGGGAGAACGGGUCGGCUGGGCGCGAUCAGGGGGAGAGACGCAGACAGAGGCAUGCGGCGGUGCGCGCGGAGAAAUUGGCCUACGUGGAGCAUAGCGAAGACGAUGAUGUUCGUGACCAUCACCGUCAGAAUGCGAUGGAUCGGUUGACAGGGGGAGAGAAGAAGAAGAGGACCGCCGCUGCCCCUAACACUACUACUGCUGCUACCAACACUACUACUGCGACUAGCGCCACAGCGCCACGGAGACCGACGACACGCGAUCGCGAGGAAAGACCGUAUCGCACGGAUGGGGAGAAUAGUCGGACGAGAGCGACCAGCCGACGUCGGUCGAGUCAGGAGCCCCGACGGCAUUCGUUGAAGGAGACGACCAAGGUAUCCUCGGUGCGACCGGCGGAGGAAGCGCCGCGGACCACUGACACGAGUGUGGGCAAUCGACACCCUGGCUUCGACGCGCCCGUUUCGGCGGUCAAUGCGGGCGAGCGACAAGUGGUUGUACGCUAUCGCAAAACAUCCAUGCAGCUAUCCGUCACGCCGUCGACCUCCGCGCAGGAUGUCCUCUUCACGGCCGGGGAGUGUCUCGCGGGGGACAUUGACCCGUUGAAAUUCAUCCUGAUGGAAUCGUUUACGGAAUUGGGCCUGGAGCGACCUCUGCGCCGGUACGAGUACGUGCGCGAGGUGAUGAACUCGUGGGCGCACGAUCGGGAGAACACGUUGAUCAUCGUGCCGGCGGCCAGUUUGGAAGCGCUGACGAUGCUGGACGCCCAUUGCGUGCCGGCGGGUCAGCCCGCCGAAGUGACGUUACACAUGUACUACUCGCAACGGCCGCGCAAGUGGGAUAAGCGGUUCAUCACCCUGCGCUCGGACGGCCAGGUGACCCAGUCCAAGAAGGAGAAUGGCCAGGAGUCGGCCAAUAUCUGCCACCUCUCGGAUUUCGAUAUCUACUCGCCCACCCCGGGCUACUUGUCCAAUAACAUCAAGCCCCCAAAGAAGAUGUGCCAGGCGAUUAAGAGUCAGCAGAAGUCGAGCAUGUUUCUGUCCACGGAAAACUUCGUCCAUUUCUUCUGUACCAACGAUAAGGGGGUCGCGGACGCUUGGCACCGCGCCGUCCAUGCCUGGCGCAGCUGGUACUUGGUCAACAAGCUGGGUGCCGGCGCGGAGGACAAGAUCGAAUCUCCUCCACCGGUAGAUGAAAUGUCGCCCGCCACGAAGCCUUUCAAGCCAUUGCUGAACAUGGAUUCCCCCGAGACAUCCGGCUGCGAGGGAACCACCCUGGACCGGACCAAGUCGUCGAAAUCGAAAGAACUGUUCUCCCGCAAGAAGAGCACGCGCGAGCAUGCGCCUCCCCCAUCAUCCUUCCCCAAACUCCUGGCCGACGAGUCAGACAUCCCACCGCUUCCUUCCACUUCGUCCUCGCCCGACGACUCACCAUUCACGGGCUCCGGCCUGCUCGGACGAAGCUACACCAUGCGCCACCGCGCGAUGAAAGAACGCGAGGAGCGCGAAAAGAAAGCCAUGGAGGAUCCCUUCGCCGCGCAAGGCCUCAUCGGGACCAUGACGCGCCGUCCCACCAACGGGCCGUCCUCCAAACCCAACAGCCGCUCCAACACGUUGACCUCGACCCACGCGCCCGACCCAGCCUGCCUCAAGCGGUCGCUGUCUGUCAACAAAAACAAACCCCUCGUCGACCUAACCCCGGUCUACCAAGAACCUCCCCAGCACGGGCGCAAGGGACGCGGCGUGGCUGUUGAGCCCGGGACGCUGCUCAUCGACGCCGCCACCGGCCGCGACGCCCCGGGUGGCAUUGCCGUUCCGUCCGCUACGACCUGGCGCCGUCCAGCUCCUCCGCCGCCACCGGCACCGCUCGACCUGUCCUCGUCGACCGAAACCACCACGCGCACCCGCAACCGCUCCAACACGGCCCGUAGCAACAGCGCUCAACCACGACACUACAAUUCGUCCACCCCGGCCUCCCCUACGACCGCCACCUCCCCCGCCGACGCCACGCAGCGCGAAGACCCCUUCAUUCCUAACAGUCUGAUGUCACGGUCUGCGCAGAUCGCCGCGUUAACGAAUAACGGGAUCCCAGUCGGGCAUGGCGUGGCGACGGGCGAUCGACUAGCCACAAAACCCAUGCUGGAUAUGUCUCCUGAGAACCCAUUCACGCAGGGGAGUUUACUUCGAGGGUUAUAG